AUGCAGGCGCUCCAAUUCGCCGUGGAUCAAGCCCCUUUCGCCUGUGCAACGACGUCCCACCCCGCCGCAAGAACUGCGGAGUGUCAAAGCGAGGUGGGGGAUGCGUCAGACGUCAGGCUCGCGGUUCGAGCCGGUCUGCAGUUUGCUUACAACUACUGCGCCGGCAGUGAGGAGAGCAAGGCCUCGCUGUGGGCCGCGUGGUUCCCUCGGGGUCUGAUGGAGCUGGUGAACGAGCUCAAGACAGACCGCGGCUUGCUCUCUCUCGCGGUCGCGUUGGUCCACAACUGCUGCAUUUCGCCCCCGCCACGCGAGCCAAGAGAGGACGAUGGUAGCCCCCGAGAAAGCAACAGAGACAACGGGACAGGAGAGGCCGGCGGAAAGGAGGCGGGUGGGGGAGAAAGAAGUAGAGGCCGAGAGAGACUCGAUCUCCUCUCAGCGGACAAGGCGUUCUGUUGUCUUCUCAUGAAGGUCGUCGUUACCCCGAGCAGCGGCGGUGGCGAGUCCGAGGGCGCCAGCGGUAGUCAAAGCCGUGAAAGUAGUGGCGGCGAACGCGAUGACGACCCCGCAGCAGAGUGGCUGUACCUGCUGUUUUGCUGCUUCGUCCAAGAGCGCCUGUGUCGCCGCGUCUACGACAACGUGGGUAUUCGGGCGGGGAAGAGAACAAAGCGGCCACGGCGACAAGCCGACGAGGUGGUCACCGGCGGCGAGCGCCCCUGCCCCCGGCAGCGCCAAGCCUGCGGCGCUCUCGCGGCAUGGCUGACGGGGCUCCUGUCGGCGAUUCCUCUCAGCCAGUCCCUGCUCCCACGGACCGGUACCGCCCAACCGCCACCGGCGGCGGAGGCGAAGAUGCCGGCAGCGGCAGCAGCAAGGAAACCGCCGUCUCCAUCAUCAUCGGCGGGGCACGAGGAGCGGGGCGACGGGGUUGCCACCGACGCGGAGACGGAGCGGGUGCGGCGGAGCAUGCGCGAGGAGGCCAGGUCCGCCGCUCUAAGGGCGCUGGCGGCGCUGCUCGCGGGGUGCAGCGACGAAACCCGGCAGCAAAUCGCCGCCGCCGCCGCCGCCGCGACGGAGACGGGUGCGGAAACAACGGCACCGGAGAAGGUCGCGCCACCGACAGCAGCGGAGGAACCCCAGCAGCCGACGACUCUGGGUGUUGCCUCGGGUGAAGCGGAAGAAACGACGAGAUCAGCAGCGAAGGUGACAGCAGCAGGGAGUGGUGGUGCCAGCGAGGGAGAAGGGUGUGAGGUAGCGAGGGUGCCGAGAGUCAGCGAAGAUGGCGGCGGCGGGCGCGGUGGAUCUUUACCGCUAACGCCGACGACAGCGACGCCCGUGAUCGCGCAACCCGAACCCCUGGGACUCGUCCCUCUCUGCUUACGGCUUUUGCAUGGUUGUGGGGGCGCCGCCGAGCCCAAUCCCGCAGCUAGCAGCGGCCAGUUCUCCCGAAAAGAAGGGUCGACGGCUUCGGCAGCCGUAGCCACAGGAGCCGGAGACACGGCGCCCAACGGUAGCCACCAUCGCGGGGAACUGCCGGACGGGGCGGUACCGGCCGGGCGCAAGGUAGAGCUCUUGAAGGUGAUCGGCAACGCGUGCUUCCGGUGCCGGCGGUCGCAGGACCUGGUGCGGGAGGAGGGAGGGCUGCCGCUGGUGCUAAAUCACUGCAAGGUGGAUGAGGCGAACCCCUUGCUCAGAGAGUACGCGCUGCUUGCCUUGCGAAACCUCUGCGAGGGGAACGCCGCGAACCAGGCAUCUAUCUCCUCGCUGCAGCCUCAAGGAUGCACCCCCGGCAUGGAGGAAGCCCUGGCGGACAUGGGGCUCGAGGGCAGCGUGAACGCUGAGGGGAAAUUCGCCGUCGGCCCUCGACCCACCACAUCUUGAAGUAGAUAGGGAGAAGUGACACAUGAAGGUUUAAGUCUUGCUGUAGGGCGUUACAUGUUUGUAGCAACGUUGCAACGUUUGCAGGGUUGGGGAAUGAACCGCGCGGUUGGAUGGCACUCACAGGUAGGGGUGUGCCAAUCGUAGAUGAAGCGCCCUUGUACCAAUUGCCCCUAAGAGUGACCGUGCCCUAUUGGCCACAACGGCAGGUGGACUUUGGCUGCUAUCAUUGUAGAUGUCGGUAGUUUGUUAUUCUGUUGCGCUCACUGUGUCCCAUACAGUCGUUUUCUUGGACUGCUUCCGGUAGCGGAUGUACCACUCACUCAUCGAGAACGGAGAUAUGAGCUCUCGAGUUUUUUUCUUUUCUCUAGCCCAAGAGAAGAACGUCAACUGUGUGCGUCCCUGGGUGCUUGUGAACCCACGAAGACUGUAUCGGCAGCGUUGACAAGAAUGAGACGUGGGUGACGUGGAGGCGGUACACCAAGAGUUGAACGAUGCGACGAGCUUGUGCGACAGGAAUCUUGUCCUAUAUUCUUAUGCCGCUGGAUGAUUUUCGGCUGCGUCCUUCGCCGCCGUUUUUUUAGCGUGGAUAUAAAAGUGGGUUGCUUCCCCGCUACGUAGUCCAACUUGGCACAUGCAAAGGAAAGUGUGUUGGCUGUAGAGCAAUCAUCCUGUGAAGGCCGGCCAAGAAGCGAAGGGUAUGUUAGUAGGUACUACCAUCUCUGAUCAAACUGGUGCCGACGCCUUGCUGUGCUGGGCACAGGUUUAUUCCUGCCCACGCUCAUCGUCACCGCUGGCCUGUCUGUCGCCCCGACCACCACCACCGUUUCUCUUUACACUCGGCCACGUGAAUCUCCACCGGUGGCGUAUUCCAAGAGAGGGAGUAGCACAGAGUCGCUGUGAACGCGGAGAGCAUGAAGCAGCGUAUACUGCUGUAGUUUACCCAGCCAACGAACGCAGCAUUAAGUGUUUGGGCGGCCGACAGCCCGAAUCGGUUCCAACGCUUGUCCUACUCCGGUGGUUAACCAACCUCCAGUGAAAUUCUGACAUCUGCCUGGCGUCUGCUCAUAUCUCCUGCUCGAAAUGCUUUU